AUAAAUAAUAGGCGACCCAUGCAAAGCCCAACCAUACGUAUAGCCAGUCCUCCAGUUCGUUGCCGUUGCAGUGUUUUCCACUCGAGGUCUCCGUUGCAUACAGCCCACAGCUACAGCUCCCUGCACGCGUGGACGCGUAGAAGGCAGCCAUGUAUACUCUGAUCCCGCGCUGCCACCUCCAGCCAGUCCACCGGUCGCCGCCGCCCUGCCAGGCAGCAACGACGACGUCAUCGGCGCCGCCGUCGCCGUCGCCAUCACUGUCCAUCCGGUUCCGCCCCGACCAGGACGAGCUGCGGUCGACGUGGCCGCAGCGCGCGUGGACGCUGGCGGGCACGGCGGCCAUCCUCUCCUCCCUGUCCACGUCCGCCUCCCUCGCGGCCUCGGGCUCCGGCUCGCCCGCGGAGCCAAUCGCCGCGGCGCUGGCGGCCUACUCCCUCGCAGACCUCGCCACGGGAGUCUACCACUGGUUCGUCGACAACUACGGCGACGCCGCCACGCCCGUGUUCGGCUCCCAGAUCGCCGCGUUCCAGGGCCACCACCGCUACCCGUCCACCAUCACGCUGCGGGAGACAUGCAACAACCUGCACGCGCUAGCGCGCGGCGCCGCGCUCGCGCUCGCCCCCGUCGACGCCGCGCUCUCCGCCACGGGCGCGCCAGCCGCCGCGCACGCGUUCGUCGGCGCCUUCACGGCGUGCGUCGUGCUGAGCCAGCAGUUCCACGCGUGGGCGCACGAGAAGCGCCGCAGGCUGCCGCCCGGCGUCGAGGCGCUGCAGGACGCCGGCGUGCUCGUGUCGCGCGCGCAGCACGCCGCGCACCACCGCCAGCCGUACAACACCAACUACUGCAUCGUCAGCGGCAUGUGGAACGGGCUGCUUGACAGAUACAAGGUGUUCGAGGCGCUGGAGAUGGUCGUCUACUUCCGCACCGGCAUCCGCCCGCGGUCGUGGGGCGAAACCGACGCCUCGUGGAAGGAGGACACCGGCGCUGAAGCUGCCGCCGCCGCCGCCAGUAAUGCUGGUCUGUUACAGACAGCGGGCAUCAGCUCUGACUCUGACUGACGGUAUGCGCUGAUGCACAUAGAAGCACACAAAGAGUACUUCAGCUAUCACACAGGUGCAUUAGUUAACAAAAGGUUGCACUCAAACGAGAUUUUAUUGUUUUAAUUGAUGGGAUUGAAGGCUCAAGAACAGUCUCCUACAUAAGGGAGAGAACACGUCUCCAGACAAAUUUGCGUCUUUUCGGGUCACAAUCAAAACAACACAUCUUCUUUCUUUGUUUCUUUUGUGUAAUUCUUAUAUGUUGUGAUAUAUCGUAGCUAAGGUUCGGAGAGGAAAAAGAUUGGUGAUGUCUGGAAUUUCAUCAUUUUCCA